AUGACAAGUGAAGAGCUGAAAUCUUUGAUCAGUAAUGUUCUGUGCAUGGUGGAAAGAGUGGGCUUCAAAGUUGUUAGUCUGAUAGCAGAUAACAACAGUGUAAACAGGAAGGCAUAUGAAUUGUUUACCCCCAGUAGAAUUCUCCAACCCAGUAUUGAACACCCUCUAGAUCCUUCCAGGAAACUUUUUUUUGUGUUUGACACUGUACACAUUCUGAAAUGUAUCAGGAACAAUUGGCAGACAAAGAGAAGUGUUAAUAAAGUGUUACAGUUUCCUGACAUGACUGAUCAUUCAGUAAUAUUGACAGCACAGUACAAGCAUUUGGAGCUGGUAUAUGAGAAAGAAAGAAACUCUUUAGUCAAAUAUGGCCACACACUAUCAGCUAGAGUACUGUAUCCAUCGUCUAUUCACAAACAAAAUGUUAAAUUAGCUUUGAAAAUUUUCAAUGAUAAUAACAUAGUAGCUUCGAAACAUGCAACAAAGGAUAUGCCUAAUGUUACUGAGCACAUAAAUCAGACAGUGACUUUCCUUCAGGUGAUUGUGAACUGGUGGAAGAUUGUGAAUGUUAGAAGUGUAUUUGAAGGACAAAGAUUCAAUGAUCCUUACAGAGAAGCCAUCAGGAAGACAACAGACAAUCAGGUGACAUUUCUAAAUAAUCUGUGUCAUUGGCUAAAAGUUUGGAGAGUAUCUGUACCAAUAAGUGAUGCUUUAACAUCACAGACAUUCCAGUCUUUAAUAUUAACAACUGAAUCUUUUCUGCAGAUAAUUCCAUACUUAUUUGAGAAAUAUGACAUUGACUACAUAUUGCUAGGAAAAUUUCAAAGUGAUGAUUUAGAGGGCCGCUUUGGGUGCUACCGACAGUUGAGUGGAGCAAAUUACUACAUUAGUUACAUCCAAAUUUUAGAAAAUGAAAGAAAAUUAAGAUUCAAAAAUGAUGUACUAUUUGCAGCUCAAAAUGAUAAUGUGCACUUGAAACACAUAAUUCCUGCCCAACAACAGCUAGACCGUAAUAUUGACAUUAGCAUUUUUUCUGAUAUUAUGGACAUCACCUUCGGUAUGGAUGAUGUUCCACCUAAUAUGUUACCUAUUUUGACAUACAUAGGAGGUUAUGCAGCUAGGAAAGCCCUUCAGAAAUCUAAGUGUGACAAAUGUACUGAAUGGUUGCAGCUGAACAAAGAAGUUGAGGUAGAUUCUUCUUACAACUUUGUGAAGGAACUGGACAGGGGUAAACUGACUUUGCCUACAGAGACAGUAGUGAUCACAGUUGGAAUAGUGUGA